AAGGGUGAUGAUAAAGGUCGCAAGUUGCGACAAUAUUUAGUUGUCGCAAUCUUACGUGUCGCCGUUUAAUUGGUACAUAUAGGCGCCACGUAGGCUAUGCGUCAUCAGAAUAUUUUUACUAUCAAUUCAAUAUUUUUACUAUAAAAAUACAUAAAUAAGGUAAUCAAUGUAAAGAAGGAAACAAAUUAGAAUAUUAAGAUUUUCCUACCUUUUUUUGAAACAUAUAUGAUGGAUUAUAUAAGUUAAAUAUUUUAGUUCCAAUUUAAAUCAUGACAUAUAAGCAUGUCAUGUCAUCAUUGUGACACGGCUUAAAGGUCGCAUGUUGCGACCUUUAUCAUUUUCGUAAUUUUAAAAUGAAAAAAAAUUUAUCAUUAAAAAUAGAUAACUUUUACCUAUAUCGAGUUAAACUUUAAAUCAUUUUGAGUUAACUUUUACUCCGGUGUAUAACAAUUUUUUAUUGUACACCACAUGUAAGUAAAGCAUUAGAAUUUCUUACUUGUUCCCAUUGCAAUAGUAUAUUUUCCUAAUUUAUGAAGUAUACUCAAUCAUUUUGGUUUUUUGUUAAUGUUGUAACAAAAUUGCCACCUGAUUAACCAACUUAAACGGUGCAGUUUAACACCCUUCCAUAUUUAGACUAUUAAUUUGUUGUGUCUUUUCAGAUCGAAGAGAGAAAAAAAAAAAAAGGAGAAAUGAGAGAAUACUGUGUGACAGGAGCAACGGGAUUCGUGGCGUCGCACCUAAUUAAGGUCUUGCUGGAAAAUGGGUGCUCCGUAAGAGCGACUGUGCGAGAUCCUGAUAAUGUGGAAAAGGUAGGCUUUCUGUGGGAGAUGAAUGGGGCUAAAGAAAGACUGAAGCUAUUUAAAAGUGACCUUAUGGUUAAUGGAAGCUUUGAUGAGGUCAUUGAAGGAGUUGAUGGGGUUUUCCAUGUCGCUUCUCCAGCAGCUUCGCUACGUGAUGGGGAAGACGUUCAAAGUUUGUUGAUUGAUCCUUGCAUUAAUGGCAUCUUAAAUGUGCUCAACUCCUGCUCGAAGACUAACACAGUUAAAAGAAUUGUGUUAACCUCCUCCCGACUUGCUAUAAAACAACGACAAGAUGUGGACCAAAUUCCAGCUUUUAAUGAAUCGCAUUGGAGUGAUUUGGAGUACUGCAAACGGAAUAAUCAGAUGUGGUAUGCCUAUGCAAAGACAAUAGGAGAGAAGACCGCAUGGAAAGUAGCCGAGGAAAGAAAUCUGGAUCUUGUGGUUGUACACCCAUCCUUUGUCAUUGGUCCCUUGCUUGCUCCCUAUGUAUCUAGCUCCCUCAAAUAUGUACUUGAUUUAAUUAAAGGUGCAAAAGGGGGAUAUCCCAACGGUUAUUGCGGAUUCGUUCAUGUAGAGGAUGUAGCAGCAGCUCAUAUAUUAGCUAUGGAGGAAAGCAAAGCAUCAGGCAGAUUAAUCUGUUCUAGCUCAGUAGCUCAUUGGUCCGACGUUGUGGCAUCGCUUAGGACUAAGUAUCCCAUGUACCCAUUUGAAACCAAGCUUAAUGACAAAGAAGGAGACCGAAAUCAACACACCAUGGAUGCUACUAAGAUUCUGCACUUGGGGUUCCCAAGUUUCAAAACUAUCCCUCAAAUAUUUGAUGAUUGCAUCAAAAGCUUCCAAGCUAAAGGGAUUUUGUAGUCCAUUUGUUUCAAGAACUAAUUAAGAAAAUUGAAUAAUGGUAGAUAUCAUGCAAAGAUAUGAUGCCUCUUUUAUUUACGUAUAAGAAAAAGUGAAUUGAAGCCGAAUUGUAUUGUAUUUGGCUCUACUCUUUGUACGACUCUUGAUUCUGAUAUCUUGGAAGUUCUCCUUUUUGGAGAGGAUCUUAAUUGUA